CGACUUCGAGUCUCGUCCGUGGUCCUCAGCCUCGCCUCACCUGUCUUCAAGGCGCUGCUGAGCCCUAAAUUUCGAGAAGGCAUUGCGCUCGCCACCAACGGCUAUGUCGAAGUUCCCGUUCCAGAAGAUGCCGCAGAGCCGACUACCAUGAUGCUCAAGGCUCUACACAUGAACCAAGACAUUAUGAAACACGUUCCGGAGGCGCAUGAAAUCUUGGAAACAGCCAUCGUGGCCGACAAAUACGACUGCUGCACCGCCAUGCAUCACAGCGCAUUCUAUUGGAUCUCGAGCGCCAGGAAGGAGUCCACGGUGGACGAGAUGCAUGAGCUAAUUGUGGCCUCGUACGGGAAAACAUGA